CGACUUGAAUGACAUCCCCUAUUUUCAGUUUUCUUUCUCUCUCUUCCUUUCGGUUUCUCUCUCCUCGUGCAAAUCCUCUCGACCGACUUCAUCUUCUUCAAUGUAUUAAAUUUUCGAUGUUCCUGCAAUUGCUUAACCUUCUCGCGAUUUCAUCUCUCUCAAUUCGCGCAGAUAUGUGACCCAACAGCUAAAAAUGCCGCUUGUACAAGCCUCCAACACUCUCACCAAUUUUGGAGGCACUGCUAAUUUUACACUUCUUAUUGGUGCUUUAAUAGCUGACACUUUUACUAGCCAAUUCAGGACUAUUACAAUUGGUUCUAUCUUCUAUCAACUGGGGAUGCUCAGCAUUAGCAUGUCAGCAAUUCUUCCAAAACCCCACCCUCAACCAUGCCCAACACAAGUGAACUGCCAAGAAGCAUCAUCACAACAACUUUGGGUCUUAUACUUGUCUCUCCUCCUGACAUCUAUCGGGAACGGUGGCAUUCGGCCUUGUGUGGUGACAUUUGCGGCCAACCAGUUUGACAUGACUAAAUCAGGUGUUGCAGGACGCAAGUGGAACUACUUCAAUUGUAUCUGUAUGGGAGUUGCCACACUAACUGCAUUUACGGUUAGUCUAUAUGCAAGACAAUGUGGGUUGGGGGCUUGGGAUCCCAAACGGGGCCAUAACAAUCUCAGUAAUAGCCAUGUAGGUUCAUCUUUACUUUUUGUAUUGUUUUAUUUACUUUUAAUGUGAAAACCUUUACUUUGAAUUAUUUCGAUUUACUUUUUUUUAUUUGGUUUUUACUUUACUUUUAUUUAACUAGCCUACUAGCUCAACUGGUAGAGCUUCAAAAGAUGUGGGUUCAAAUCUCAAGUAGGUUCGUGUUUACUUUCUAUAUUAUUGUAUCUACUUUUAAUUGAAAAACAUUUACUUUAACCUCCAAUAAUCCGAGUUUUCUAGUUUUUAUUUAUUUUUAUUUACUUUUUGUAUUGUUUUUAUUUUAAGUUGAAAACCUUUACUUUGACAUCCGGCCAUAUAUUUCUUUCUUAUAGUUUGUUUCAUAUUGUAGAGAGAUGAAAGUCAAUGACUCUGUGCUCGAUCAUUUUUCACUUUGAACUAUUUGAUUGUAAUAAGUUUUUGAGAUUUUCGGAUUUACUUCUAAGAUUAUUAGUUUACUUUUGAGUUUAAAUUAUUUAUUUUUGAGUUUUUUUUUUUACUUUUUGAAUACUUCUUACUAAUAAUGCAACGAAAGUCACAUAUAUCCAUAAAGGUCUGAUGUUCAGUAGAUCAGGGUAGUAAUAAGGGCAUCAACUUUGAACAGGUUUGUAUCAGGUCUACAGUGAAAUAUUUUGAUUUACUUUUGAAUUUUUAUGAG